CUCGCGUCGCUCCGCUCCGCUCCGCCUGCAGGCCCACCAGCCGCUACACAGAUGAGGCCCACCACCACCUCUACCACCACCGCCGCAGUCGCCACCGCCGCCACCACCUCCACCACGACCACCGCCACCGCCACCACCACCACUGCUGGCACAACCUGCCAGACUCCUGCUGCUGCUGCUGCUGCUGCACUGCCCACGACUCCUGCACCCGAUGACGCCACUGUCUCUCGCUUGCGGAGCCUCUCUGCUAAGGAGAGGGGCAGGAGGCUGGUCCUGGCGGCUGAGCAGGGGGCAGUGGAGGAGCUGAGGGCGCUGAUCGCCGCUGGGGCCGACGUGCGGGCGUGGGAUGAGUGGGGCUGCACCGCCCUGCACUGGGCAGCGUGGAGAGGAGACGUCGAGGCGGCGAGGCUGCUGGUGGGGGCGGGGGCGGCGGUGGACGCCAGGGACAGUUUCAUUGGGUGGACGCCGCUUCAUCACGCGGCACACAACGGCCACGCAGAAGUGGCGGAUGCGCUGCUUGACGCUGGGGCCGACAGAGUGGUCACAGAUGCUCAGGGGCGGACAGCGCUGGACUUCGCCAGGCAGUUCAACCACAGGCGGCUGGUGGAGAUGCUGUCAUGAGGCAGAAAGUACAAUGAACUCUGUGCAAAAAAAGAACUGAAACAAUCUGUAGGAGAGCAAUAUUCAUAAUUUUUUAAA